GAUUUCGCCACUUUCGAUGGCAUCAGUGAACAGCCGUUGAAAAUCUCGGAUGUCAUCCAGAAGGCAUUCAUCGAGGAGGGUACAGAAGCAGCAGCGGCAACAGAGGAAGGAAUGGUCCCAGUAUCGGUCUCAACGCUGGAGCCGGAAGAAUUCAUUGCCGACCAUCCGUUUCUGUACGCCAUCGUUCUGCGCAAAAAAACACUACUUUUUGUUGGAAGAUUGGUUAAGCCAUAG